AUGCCGCGUCACGACCUUCGAAAUGAAGAAGCGUCCAAUCGUCCUCUACUCGAUUGCAAGGGAACCCGGAAGCAGCUUCGUACGUGCUCAUCCUCCCAAGACGUCGGAGGCGAUGAGGUUGGCAUUCGCGUGCUGCUCUUGCACUGCGGCGGUCGAUGCGCGCUUCAGCGAAGAUGUGGGGUCUUUCGUGGUCGUGUUCCACGAGAGGAAGCAAAGGUCACACUCGGGAGACAGAUUCCUCGACAUCAGAUUCUCAUCCGAAGACGUUUGGAGAUGAAGAACCUGAGAAAAGUCAGCCUCCGGGUCCACGGCGUCGUGGGAGAUCUUUUCUUCAAGUUCGGCUGCCUAUUGGCGCGCAGACCGUGGACGUUCAUCCUCGCCUCUGUCAUCCUUUCGUCGUGCCUCAUUUCGGGGAUCCUUCACUGGCGAGAGGAGGAAGGAGGAACCGUGAAAGCCUGGUUCGCCCCGGGGACUCCUCUCUAUCGAACUGAUCGAUGGAUCAAGAAAAACUUCCCGAACGGAGUUCGGUACGAAACAAUUAUCCUUUCUGGACCUGAUAUCCUCACUCCGGAAUACUUCAAAUAUAUGGGGACCCUGGACAAGAAAAUUCGAUCCUUGGUAUCCAAUGGAUAUGCCUGGGAGGACGUCUGUGCUAGGCCAGAGGAAUUCUUAGAGGGACACAAAAAGAUGGAAAGAAAGCGAAGAGAUACCGAAGCUCAAAGUCUUUGGCAUGCAGAGGACCGACGACUCGACCCAGUCCAUGGGGAAAAUAGCACUCGUGACGAUGUAGUGCCGACUACAGAAUCAACAAGCAGCCAAUCACAAAAGACAGCAACAGAAAUGAGCAGUGAUUCUACUGGUACCAUGGAACCGGAAAUGUCACUACUACCAAUAUUGAUAUCAUCCUGGACAGCAGAGAAUCUAGAAACAACGAAAGAAAAUGACACGACGACGACACCUACAACAGAGACAACAACAGCAAGGAUCAGUCAAGCCGAAGUUGAUCGAGAAGGCGAUUCUAAAGAACUCUUCCAGUACGACGAUUACAAUUACGGCUGGAAGGAGGAUCCGGACGCAUUGGAGGUAUUCCGAGGCGAGGAGGAUGGAAGAACUCUGUACGAUGAUCGAUGCAUCUAUUCCAGCACUCUUCAACUGUGGGCGGAAGAUUUCGACUUCAGCACUAUCACAACGACGAAGAUCCAGGACAAAGUUACUCGAGCCCUUGACGACGAGUCACGGAAUGACGUGAAGGGGAUGUUGUCUGGGGUGGAGAGAGACGAAAGCGGAAGAGUCGUGGGUGCAGCGGCCGUCAUGUUCGUCUACAUCCUUAAAGACCGGGCAAAUGCCACCAACAGAAAGGGUCAACCGGUCGAUCUGAUCGCAGAGCCGUGGGAGGAGAAAUUCCUCGAGUUGGUGUUCCACAACGACCUCCCCAAACCUCCAGGCUUGAAGACUUAUGCCAAUGCAGACCGCAGCUUUCGAGAUGGGAUCGGAGAUAUUACGGAGAAGAACAUGAUCUAUUUCGCUCUUGGUUUCGUGCUCAUCACCAUCUACGUGGCCAUCAACAUGGGGAAAUUCAAUCUCCUUGAACAAAGAGUCUACUUGGGCCUGGCCGUGGUGCUCUGCAUCGGGCUGACGAUUGUGAGUGCGGCUGGGUUGUGCCUCUCCAUUGGGUACAUCCCGACGGAGAUUCACAAUCUGAUGCCUUUCCUCAUCCUCGGGAUCGGCAUCGACGACUCGCUCGUCAUCAUCCAGGUGACUCGCAGCGAUCUCCAUUGCCUGGAGAACGUGGUGUCAAAAGAAAGUAUUUUGAACCCGGAGGAACGAGUGGGAGAAGCGUUGAGGCAGGCUGGAGUCUCCAUCACCAUCACGUCCAUCACGGACGUCUUUGCCUUCGCCAUUGGAGCCACUACGAGAGUACCAGUGCUCCGGAGCUUCUGCAUCUACACGACCGCCGGGAUUUUCAUCGUCUACGUCAUGACCUUGAUAUUCAUGGUCCCGAUUUUGUCUUUGGACGAAAGGCGACGAGACAGCGGGAGGGAAGGAUGCUUGUGCAUUCGCUUGCCAGGCGACUACAAGAAGAACAGUUGUUCCCAAAAGCUCCUGCUCGAAGCCAUUUUCCGCAGGAUCUUCGGGCCAUUGCUCGUCAAAACUCCAGUGAAGGUAGUUGUGGUGCUACUUACGAUGAGUCUCUUGGGUCUCAACUGUUGGGGAUUGUCUGGGUUGAAGAACGACUUCGACAGAAACUGGUUUUUGAAUCCAGGAUAUCAGAGAGACUUCGUGUCCGCUGUGCAGGAUCUCUUUCCAGAAAGCGGCUUUAGAGCUGACUUUUAUCUUGAGGACUAUCCGAACACCGAAGCAGCAUUCGAAGACAAGCUUUCCACCUUUCUGGUCUUCACCAACAAGGGAAGGAAAUUCAUACGCGAUCUUCAAUACACCGGGAACCUCUUAACGGACUUCAACCUCACAGCUUCGAGAGGUAGAUACCAACACAUUUAUUUCAACACCGGGGACGAAAAACGACAAGGACUCCGCGAGGUGGAAGAGGUUCUCCACGGAGUCCAAUUCAAGGGGAGAGAUCCAUUCAGAGGAAUCCUCACUGUAGAGUACCUCGUCAUCCGAUCGAACGAGGCAAGCGGUUUCCGCACUUUUCCGAGGGCGCAUCUCCAUGGUUCGAGUGAAACUUUUUCCCCACGUCCACGUAAUUUGUAUGCAGCAUUCGAAUGUGCCGGAGUACGAUUUACAGGGACAGUGUCUUUGCGAUGUGCUGAAUGUCUAUUGGUCCAGUUGGAUGUCAUGGUCGUUGUAUCAGAGGAGCUGCUGAGGAAUCUCGGGCUGACUUUGGUCGGAGUGUUCGGGGUGACAUUGGUGCUGAUUGGAGAUCUGCAGGUCUCUAUUUGGGUUUUCUCCUGCAUUCUAUUCACCCUGAUCGGAAUCGCAGGCAGCAUGCGAUUCGCCGGUCUUACCAUCGAGCUCAUGUCGUCAGUUCUUCUCAUCUUGUCUGUCGGCUUGGCGGUCGACUAUUCCACGCAUAUCGCUCACAAUUUCUUGGUCACUCAUGGCGAUUCUAAAGACGACCGAGUGAGAAUCACCUUGGCAGAAAUUGGUCCUCCCGUUUUCAAUGGAGGUUUUACGACAAUGAUGGCUUUUGUGUUUUGUCUUUGGAGCGAAAAUUAUCUCUUCCAUAUUACCCUCAAGGUUAUCUGGUUUUCGGUGAUAUAUGGGUUGUAUCACGGAUUGGUUUACCUGCCGGUGAUGCUGAGCUGGUUCGGUCCACAACCUUUUGUUGGCUUGCUGCAUUCAACCAAGAAUAGCCCUGCCCAGAGCGGCCUCGAUCCCGGUCUAGGGGAGGCUCCAGAGAAGCCUGACGCCGGAAAGACAAAUCCCUCAAGCCUCAAGAGAAAACUUGUCUGGAAGAACAGCAGAGGGGAGUAUCCGAUCGGAAAUCAUUCAAGACGGAUGGCGAAGGGGGAAACUGCAGGGAAGGAAUCGUCUUCCGUCUCUCCAAGUCGUAAUGAGAUCGAGUCCUGCGCUGGGACGUAUCGCCUUCGGCUUCCCAGUAUCAGCUGACUUUCGUCUGCUUCAAAAGCCCAUCUGUGAUGUAAUCUUCCGUGACUGCGAGCACCAUCGAGACGCUUGCAGUACAAGCUGGGAGUUCAGGGGAGAUCCCGGCGGGGAGGCUUUGGGCUUGUUUUCAUUUCCCGUGUUAAUCUUGUAACGUGUGCAAUGCUUGUGCUUUGAGACAUUCUGGAAAUCUAUUACUCUCCGUGAAAGAACAUAAUGUGAACAUGACUGUUAAUCUCUUUCAAGUCCCCUACUUCGUGACACACGUCAAUUCAGAAUGACAGGAAUCAGAGAUAAGGCAUUAUUCUUACUUACUGCGUAC